GCUGGGUUUGGCUUGGCAUCAUCAGCCAGCACGCAGCCAUCUUGGACGGAGCUCUAUCUGGACUGGCAAAGCCCCACACUUCGGGAUGGGAGGAAUUUAAUCAACCUGGAGUGAUUUAGAGCAGAUUGUCUGGAGCACAUGAACGAGACCGCGCAUUCAGAAAACCUACAUUAAGACCCAGAACCGGUUUGAAGCGGACGCCCCCCUCCCCUUUUUUCCUUGUCUGAACGCUGUGUGCAGUUUCUAAGGGGGCCUGAGAACUGUUUGUGCUUGAGUUUUACAAUAGGCACUUCUCGCAAAGUUUUUUAAAGUAAUCCAGGACGAUGGUUUGGUUAUGACCUGUCGGUUGCCUGAUCUUUUGUGGAGAGUUGCUGCUGUGUGUCGCCGGUGACCUGUUGUACCGUUAUGCGUCUGGAUACAUUAUUGCAUUAAUCUUGGAUCUGUUAUUCGUGCUGGAAUCUGGUUUGGAUGUCGAUCGACUCCAUGGUCUUCAUCAGCUGGUGUCCGGCAGCUGUCCACCCUGCGAACUGAAGGUUGCUGUGAUCAGACUCAGGUCCACUUUGGAGAUAAAGACACAUUAAAAUGUCAACUAGAACACCACUACCUACUGUCAAUGAGAGAGAUACAGAAAACCACACAUCACACACAGAUGGGCGUAAUGAAGUGGCGUCUCGUCCCGGGCGCUCGGGCGCUCGCUGUCGAAACUCCAUUGCCUCUUGUGCCGAUGAGCCACAUAUCGGCAACUACCGGCUCCUCAAAACCAUCGGCAAGGGCAACUUUGCCAAGGUCAAAUUGGCACGACACAUUCUCACAGGACGAGAGGUGGCCAUAAAAAUAAUUGACAAGACACAACUUAAUCCUACCAGCCUUCAAAAGCUCUUCAGGGAAGUAAGAAUAAUGAAGAUUCUCAAUCAUCCAAAUAUUGUAAAGCUGUUUGAGGUCAUAGAAACAGACAAGACCCUUUACCUGGUGAUGGAGUACGCCAGCGGUGGGGAGGUGUUUGACUACCUCGUAGCACACGGACGCAUGAAGGAGAAGGAGGCCAGAGCUAAAUUUAGACAGAUUGUAUCAGCGGUUCAGUACUGCCAUCAAAAACACAUUGUCCACAGAGAUCUCAAGGCAGAAAAUUUACUUCUUGAUGCGGACAUGAACAUUAAAAUUGCAGACUUCGGUUUCAGUAAUGAAUUCACUAUCGGGAACAAACUAGACACGUUUUGCGGCAGCCCGCCGUAUGCAGCACCAGAGCUUUUCCAGGGCAAGAAGUACGAUGGGCCGGAGGUGGACGUGUGGAGUCUGGGGGUCAUUCUGUACACACUGGUCAGCGGAUCAUUGCCCUUUGAUGGGCAGAAUCUAAAGGAGCUUCGUGAGCGAGUGUUGAGAGGCAAAUAUCGGAUUCCCUUCUACAUGUCUACUGACUGUGAAAACCUCCUGAAACGCUUCCUGGUGCUGAACCCAGUCAAACGGGGCACGCUCGAGCAAAUCAUGAAGGAUCGAUGGAUCAAUGCGGGCUGUGAGGAGGACGAGCUCAAACCCUUUGUGGAGCCCGAGCUCGACAUUUCCGAUCAGAAGAGAAUCGAUAUUAUGGUGGGAAUGGGUUACUCGCGAGAGGAGAUCCAUGAAUCUCUAACCAGGAUGAAGUACGAUGAAAUCACAGCAACGUACCUGCUGUUAGGCAGAAAGUCCACUGAGUUGGAAGUGAGUGAUUCGAGCUCCAGCAGUAACCUCUCUUUGGCGAAGGCCAGACCCAACAGUGAACACAACAACGGCCAGUCACCGUCUCACCUCAAAGUCCAGAAGAACGCCUCAACCAACCAGAAACAGCGGCGCUACAGUGACCAAGCUGGUCCCACCAUUCCCUCGGUGGGUUACCCUAAGAGAAGUCAGACCACUUCAGCAGAAAGUGAGCAUAAAGAGGAGGGCAGUGCUCAGGCACGCAAGUCCAGCUCUGGCAGCCGUGGGAUGGCUCCAGCGAGCCCCAUGCUGGGCAACGCCAACAACCCCAACAAGGCCGACAUUCCUGACCGCAAAAAAAGCGCCGGUGCCCCUGGGAACAAUUCAGUGUCCAGUGGUAUGACCAGGAGAAACACGUAUGUUUGUAGUGAGAGAAACGCAACCGACCGGCACUCCGUCAUCCAGAAUGGCAAAGAGAACAGCCUGAGUGAAAUGUCAGGAUGUGUCAGCACGAGUCCGACAGCGUACGCCGUGGCUCUGGCCAGUUCAUCAGCCUCAGUCCGCCUGCGCCACCAAAAGGCUGCAUCCCUGUCAGCCUCAGGACACACCUGCCGCGCCACCCUGCCAACCUCAGACGCCAGCGCGGACAUCUUCAGGCCCAAUACGAGCACGGCUCAGACGAGUCAGCGAAACCCUGGUUCCUCCACCCACAGCAUUAGCAGUGCGACUCCACCGGACCGCCUGCGCUUCCCCAGAGGAACCCUGAGCCGCAGCACCUUCCAUGGAGGACAGCUGAGAGAGAGGCGCACCGCCACAUACAAUGGACCUCCAGCUUCUCCAACAUUAUCGCACGAUGCCACACCAUUGUCACAGUCCCGGAGCCGCGGAUCAACAAACCUCUUCACCAAGCUCACAUCCAAACUCACACGCAGAAAUAUGUCAUUCAGGUUUACCAAAAGAGGGCCGGCAGAAUGCGAUAGAAAUGGGAGGUAUGAGGACUCAAGUCGUAAUGUGUCAGGGGAUCAGAAAGAGGAACAUAAAGACGCCAAACCCCGCUCGCUCCGCUUCACCUGGAGCAUGAAGACCACUUCGUCCAUGGAGCCCACAGAAAUGAUGCGCGAGAUCCGCAAAGUCCUGGACGCCAACAACUGCGACUACGAGCAGCGCGAGCGAUUCCUGCUGCUCUGCGUCCACGGCGACGGCCACGCCGAGAGUUUGGUCCAAUGGGAGAUGGAGGUGUGCAAACUGCCCCGCCUCUCGCUAAACGGCGUGCGCUUCAAACGGAUAUCAGGAACAUCCAUCGCUUUCAAGAACAUCGCAUCCAAAAUUGCCAACGAACUGAAGCUGUAAGGAAAAAAACAAAACAUAAACAAAACGAAAAUGUGAAAGCAGCAAAAAUGGACUAAGGCACAAAUAUAGAGUUAUCAAGCUGUACAUUCUUUUUGAACAAGUAGCAGAUACAAGGAGCAUUUUCCUCACAAAGUAUGUACUGAAAAUAUUGUAUAGAAUCAUGCCUUAGGCAAUAAUUUCCUGCAUCUUUGAAGCAUUAUUAAUAUUGAUGUUAUUAUUAUUAUUAUUAUUAUUAUUGUGGGAUGGUUUCAAACUGUAGGAAAACAAAAGACGCUUUCGUUUCUUCAUUUUUAUUAUGAUUUCGGUUUCGUUUAUGCACUACUGCAUUAGAGGUGCCCUGUGGGGCCAAAAAAUGACUGAAAGCGUGUAUUUUAACCAGACGAUUAAUCGCUCCAGUAUCGUUCCAGCUCUACCCGAAUGCCAAAACUAAUUUGAUCUAGAGACCGGACGUUUAUUUGCACAUUUCCCCAAUAAAGGACCAUAUAUUGUUACACUUCUUCCCAUCCUUUUUCAAUUUGCUUUGACCCCCAGUCCCACAUCAGGGUAUCCCCAUUUGUUGUUUUAUAGAUGGGAUCAGCUUAAUGUCAGGAACAUCAAAUAGAUAGUUCAGCCAACAAAAUGAAAAAUAGCUGUUAAUUUACUCACCCUCAGGCUAGCCAAUAUGGAGAAUCCAUCAAAAAUUAAAUGUUUGCCAUCAUUUUGUUCAAAUACUGUAUGAAUGGAAGAUAUUUGGAAGAAUGUCAGUAUCCAAACAGAUCUCAUCACCCAUUUACUCCUAUAGUGGUUAUUUUUUUCAACUAUGGCAGUAAAUGUCUGGUGAGGUCAGUUUGGAUACUGGAACAAUCUAAGAAUGAGUAAAUGAUGGCUGAAUAUUUUUGGGGGGGUUAACUAUCCCUUUAAAGAAGAUUUUAGACUUAAAAUAUGGCCUUGGUGAUUCAUAAAACAUCAAAUCUUUUGAAAAAAUCAGUCCUCUUAUCUAAAGCACAAGAAACUGCUCAUUAUUUACUUCAUUAUUACCUUAAAUCUACACCUUCUGCAAAUGGUCUCUUCACAAAUUGUAAAAUUGCUGUAAAUAAUGUUCAGUUUCUUGUAUAGAUUGUUCAUUUUUCUUUUAUGGCUACACAGUGUCUUCAAGAAAAACGUAUUAAUUUAGUUUUGUCUGAUUGACUCUCAAAAAGCCAGUAGCCAAUGACUUGUAUUUUAUGAAUCACAAAGGAUCCCAAUGUCAACUAAACAUCAUCUACUAAAGAGAAAAGGUCACCCUGAGGGCGAGUAAAUUAGCAGCGAAUGAACUGUCUCUUUAAGAACAAGCUGAGAUGUUUUCCUUUGUGCUCCAUUGAAGUAUUUAGUUUAUAUCCUUGAAAAGUGUUUUUUUUAAGCUUCUGAGAUGACGAAAUGCUCUUGAAAUGUCUGUGCUUUGGCUCCGGCCCUCAGGGCGCACCAUACAGUCGCACAUGCUGAGUCAUUCUGGGACACACAGUUCACUUCAGAACUUCAACUCGCCAUUUCUGGCCUUCAGUAUUCACUCCCAUCCCAAAACCUUCAGCACUGUUGUUAUUAUUAUAAUUUUGAUUUAAUGUUUCUGUUUGCUUUUUUUUUUUUUUGGAAUGUAAAUAAUGUACCUUAGUUUUGCAGCAAUGACAUUGAUAUAUGUUUUUUUUUCUAAGUCUGGCUGAGAGUCGGAACCUAUGGAAAUUAAUGUAACUCAUCACAGAAUAAGGUUAAUCAGUGUCUCCAUUAAAACAACUGAAAAUCA